AUGCGACCGCUGCAACGCUGCUUGCUUGGCCGGAGGGCGUACACAAGUGGAUGCCAGUCGAGCAGACAGCGCUUGGAGAGGCUCGUGAGCUUCUACCACGAAUCUAGCACGUUUGCCAACGACAAGGAUCUGUCGAGCAAAGUCGACGAUGCCUUUCUCACGACAGCCUAUCAGAAGCCAGAGGCACUCGUCGAUCUCCUCUCUAGUGAUACCGCCAACCGACAGUUCCAGUCAGAGUCUCACGAGGGACGGAGGCGGACAGCUCAGCUACGCUCCAACCGACCCAUCACUGAGCUCCUCGACGGGCUCGACGUCGAGAGCAUCAAGGGAACUUCAGCGCUCGAGAGUGACCGGCUCAGGAAGAUCUUUGACGCUCUCCAUGGCACCUCGGACGGCGGCAAGGCCGGCAUCGACGUCGUCCAGGAGCGAGCUGCCGAAUUGCGAGCAGACGGUGACGCCUUGGACGCUCCCACGCGCAAGGAUUGA